AUGGACUCUGAACCCGCAGAAAAUACAGGGACUCAGACAGUAGUCUACCUAGCUAUUAUGUGGGCGGGACCAGAUCGGCAAAUUCCUUGGAAGGUGCAACAAACGGUGCAGGGUUAUCCCCCACCCCAGACGAAGAAAGAGUUGCAAGCCUUCCUUGGUCUACUUGGAUUCUGGCGUGCCUUCAUUCCCCAUUUAGCCUUCCUCAUGCGGCCUUUGCAGGCCUUGAUCCUGGCAGUAGUCUGGACGUUGCAGGAUACCGAGCGCAUAACGGGCCCCAGCCCUGUCAUCGUGCACACACCCAUUCCCCUGGGGCACUGGGUACGGGCAGAAUCGGCCCAAACGCAGACAGGGGUUGCACAGAUCGCAACCCACUUUAAGUGGAAGCAUUACUUGCAACAGCGCAUGCUGCUGGGCCGGCCCUCCCUUUCUACCCCACAUGCCCUGUUACUGGGGGCCGUCACGUUUGAGCAUGUGCCCUCUCUCACGGAGGAGCUGCCCCCAGUGGAAGACCCCGGGCCCGCCUCUCCAAUAGAGGAGGCCCCCUCGGUGGACCAAUUGUCCACCGAGGAGCAGGAAUAUGCAUGGUUCACGGACGGGUCAGCCUCCUAUACGGCGCAGGGAGCCUGGCAAUGGCGGGCCAUAGCCUAUGCCCUCUAUGCAGAUGUCACGGCAAUGUCUUGGGAAACGGCCGGCUCCAGCCAGUGGGCCAAAUUGCAGGCCGCCACACUAGCGAUUGAGGGUGUCCCACCACGGGUUUACCUAUAUACGGACAGCUGGAGCGACCAGGGAACCCACUUUAUGGCCCAGGCCGUACGGACCUGGGCCGCAGACGUGGCAGUGGACUGGCACUACCAUCUUCCGUAUACACCUACAGCGAGUGGCCUUAUUGAGCGCCUGAACGGGCUCUUGAAGGAUCAGAUCUACCGUCUCACUCCCACCCAUACGCUCCGCAAAGCCACAACUGCAUCUAUUGUCACUACAGAAGAUAACUCCAAAAACAUAUAUGAGAGUAAAUCUGUUCCCACCACUUUUGACCUGACCACAGAUAUUCCAGUCACAAGGAAAGAAACCACAGGCAUAAGAACAGUGGAGAAGUCAAGCCCUAACACACUUGACACUACACUUAAGGUGAACACCACUGCAGGAGAUGAGAAUACCACUGGCUUCUUUUUAACAAGUCCAUCAGCUGAGAGGGCGUCAGAAAUGGAAAUACCACCUUCUCAGAUGACGAGUGUCACUGAAACGCUGGGCAGCACUACUGCAAAAGAAGAAACCAGAACUGUCUCUCCUGCGGGGCCACACACCAGCACUCCAUCACAGACGACAACAAGCACGGUGCGCAGAACAACUGGCAGAGGCACAAGCCCAAAUACCUCCCUACCCAAAACUUCGGCGGAAACCACACAGAUGACUGGAAGCUCCCCAUCUUCUGAGACCACAACUGGCUCUGUAACUGGCCGCAUCCAGGAAGAAAUAUCGACAAUUCCAAGCAGUACAACCAAUGGGACACUCACCACUAUGCAAACAAUGGGACCUACCUCGGCACCCGAAAGCGGUACCCCGCUUCAUACUACAGCGAAGGUGGGCAACACUGCAGGAGCUGAGAGCACCACCGACCCCUUUUUCUCAAGUCCAUCUGAUGAAAGCACUAUGGAAAAGGCAACACCACCUUCUCAGACGACGACUACCGCUGAGACCUCCAGCCAAGCUGAGAUCACAACAUCGGAGUCCCUAACAAGAAGAGACACAGUCACAACUGUCCCACUCUCCAGUAACCCUUCCAGUACUGCAAGUCCAAGGGACAUCUUUACAACUACAGAAAGCACCAGCGCUGUGCCACACACCAGUUCACCUCGUAGAAAGACUACUGGAGAAGACACUACUAGAAUAGCAGACACCAGCACAGUUCCCUUCCAACCCACUCUCUCAUCUGAGUCCACAAAAGGGUCGGCAAGUAAAUCUACUUCGACUACACACAUAUCUCAGACAACUUCCCAGACGGAGAGUACGUUAACAGUUGGGAGCAGCGCGCUAGAGAGCUCAGGUGUAAGCACAGCAGAGAGCACCAAGACAUCGGAUACAGCGACCACAGUAAGUUCCUUGAUAGAAACGGAAAUAUCCACAGUUCUCCCAAAAAUCAGGACUCCCCAGGUAACGGCUGAGACACUGGGCAGCACUAGUGCAAAAGAAGAAACCACAACAGUCUCUCCUGCAAUUCCAUCAGGCAGGUCCACAGUGAUGUCCGGAAGAACAUCUGUUCCCACCACUUUUGCUCCUCUCACUGCAAAUGCAGAGAGGACCACAGCCACCGUAGCUCAGAGUAUAGUGGAAAAGUCAAAUCUUACUACAUCCCCUCUAGCAGAGACUAGCACCUCUGAAGCCACUAGUGUAAGAGCGGAGAUGACCACUCCUUCAAAUUUCUCAUCUAGCCCUAGUGAGACGAACACUAUUCCUGCAACCACCACAGUAGCAAAGACAACCCCAAAAUUCUUUCCUUCUAGUGCAACAACUGAGUCGACAGAAACGGGCAGAAGCACAACUGCUGAGAAGAUGAGGGCCUCUCUUGCCACAAGCCCAGUCCAAGACAUUUCAGCCACGGUCAGCAGUUCAGCAGCUGGAUCAAGGCCAACAUUUGAAGGGAGCACUCCUUUCCCUGAGACCGGCACUGUAGCUACAGAGACAUCUCCUGCUGGGUCACAAACCAGCACUCCAUCUCAGACGAAAACAAGCACGGUGCGCAGCACUAUUGGCAGAGGCACAAGCCCAAAUGCCUCCUUACCCAGAACUUCGAUGGAAACCACAGAGCUGGCUGGAAGCUCCCCAUCUGCUGAGGGUACGACUGGUUCUGUAACUGGCCGCGUCACUGAAGAAAUAUCGACAAUUCCAAGCAGUACAACAGCUGGGAAACCCAUCACUAAGCCUACAAUGGGACACACCUUGGCACCCGAAAGUGCUACCCCGCUUCAUACUACAGCGAAGGUGGGCAACACUGCGGGAGCUGAGAACUCCACUGGUGUCUUUUACUCAAGUCUGUCCCCUGAGAGCAAUAUGAAAAAGGCAACGCCACCUUCUCAGACGAUGACUGUCGCUGAGACCUCCAGCCAAGCUCAGAUCACAACAACAGAAUCCCUAAAAAGUAGAGACACAAUCAUAACCGUCCCACUCUCCAGUAUCCCUUCUGGUACUGCAAGUCCAAGGGACAACUUUACAACUGCAGAAAGCCCCAGCGCUGAGCCACACACCAGUUCAACUCCUGGAACAAGAACUGGAGAAGACACUACUAGAAUAGCAGACACCACCACAGUUCCCUUCCAACCCACUAUCUCAUCUGAGUCCAUAAAAGGGUCUUCAAGUAAAUCUACUUUGAAAACACACAUGUCUCAGACAAGUUCCCAGACGGAGAGUAAGUUAACAGUUGGGAGCAGCAUGCGAGAGAACUCAGGUGUAAGCGCAGCAGAGAGCACCAGGACAUGGGAUACAGCGACCACAGUAAGUUCCUUGAUAGAAACGGAAAUAUCCACAGUUCUCCCAAAAAUCAGGACGCCCCAGGGUACGGCUGAGACACUGGGCAGCACUAGUGUACAAGAAGAAACCACAACGGUCUCUCCUGCAAUUUCAUCAGGUAGGUCCACAGUGAUGUCCGGAAGAACAUCUGUUCCCACCACUUUUGCUCCUCUCUCCCCUACUACAGAGGGGAGCAUAGCCACCGUAGCUCAGAGUAUAGUAGAAAAGUCAAACCCUACUACCUCCCCUCUAGCAGAGACGAGCACCUCUGAAGACACUAGUGUAAUAGCGGAGAUGACCACUCCUUCAAAUGUGACUUCUAGCCCUGGUGAGACGAGCACUAUUUCUGCAAACACCACAGUAGCAAAGACAACCCCAAAUUUCUUUCCUUCUAGUGCAGCAACUGAAUCCACAGGAACGGGCACAAGUGCAACUGCUGAGAAGACGAAGGCCUCUCUUGCCACAAGCCCAGUCCAAGACACUUCAGCCAUGGUCAGCAGUUCAGUAGCUGGAUCAAGGCCAACGUCUGAAGGGAGCACUCCUUUCCCUGAGACUGGCACUGUAGCUACAGAGACAUCUCCUGCUGGGCCACACACCAGCACUCCAUCUCAGACGACAACAAGCACGGUGCGCAGCACUAUUGGCAGAGGCACAAGCCCAAAUGCCUCCCUACCCAGAAAUUCGAUGGAAACCAAAGAGAUGGCUGGAAGCUCCCCAUCUGCUGAGAGUACGACUGGCUCUGUAACUGGCCGCGUCACUGAAGAAAUAUCGACAAUUCCAAGCAGUACAACAGUUGGGAAACCCACGACUAAGCCAACCAUGGAACCCACCUCGGCACCCAAAAGUGCUACCCCGCUUCAUACUACAGCGAAGGUGGGCAACACUGCGGGAGCUGAGAACUCCACGGGUGUCUUUUUCUCAAGUCUGUCCACUGAGAGCAAUAUGAAAAAGGCAACGCCACCUUCUCAGACGACGACUGUCGUUGAGCCCUCCAGCCAAGCUAAGAUCAUAAGAUCGGAGUCCCUAACAAGUAAAGACACAGUCACAACCGUCCCACUCUCCAGUAAGCCUUCUGGUACUGCAAGUACAAGUGACACCUUUACAACUGCAGAAAGCACCAGCGCUGUGCCACACACCAGUUCUACUCGUGGGACGACAACUGGAGAAGACACUACUAGAAUAGCAGACACCAGCACAGUUCCCAUCCAACCCACUAUGUCAUCUGAAUCCACUAAACGGUCUGCAAGUAAAUCUAUUUUGACAACGCACAUGUCUCAGACAACUUCCCAGACGGAGAGUACGUUAACAGUUGGGAGCAGCAUGCUAGAGAACUCAGGUAUAAGCACAGGAGAAGGCACCAGGAAAUCGAAUACACCAACCACAGCAAGUUCCUCGAUAGAAACGAAAAUAUCCACAGUUCUCGCAAAAAUCAGUACUCCCCAGGUAAUUGCUGAAACUCUGGGCAGCACUAGUGCAAAAGAAGAAACCAGUACUGUCUCUCCUGCGGGGCCACACACCAGCACUUCAUCUCAGACGACAACAAGCACGGUGCGCAGAACCACUGGCAGAGGAACAAGCCCCAAUACCUCCCUACCCAGAACUUUGGAGGAAACCACAGAGAUGGCUGGAAGCUCCCCAUCUUCUGAGACCACAACUGGCUCUGUAACUGGCCACGUCACUGAAGAAAUAUCGACAAUUCCAAGCAGUACAACCACUGGGACGCUCACCACUACGCAAACAAUGGGACCUACCUCGGCACCCGAAAGCAGUACCCUGCUUCAUACUACAGCGAAGGUGGGAAACACUGCCGGAGCGGAGAACACCAGAGGCCUCUUUUUGUCAAGUCCAUCAGCUGAGAGCAAUAUGAAAAAGGCAACGUCACCUUCUCAGACGACUACUGUCGCUGAGACUUCCAGCCAAGCUCAGACCACAACAUCGGAAUCCCUAACAAGUAGAGACACAAUCACAACCGUCCCACUCUCCAGUAUCCCUUCUGGUACUGCAAGUCCAAGGGACACCUUUACAACUGCAGAAAGCACCAGCGCUGAGAAACACACCAGUUCACCUCCUGGAACAAGAACUGGAGAAGACACUGCUAGAAUAGCAGACACCAGCACAGUUCCCUUCCAACCCACUAUCUCAUCUGAGUCCAUAAAAGGGUCUGCAAGUAAAUCUACUUCGACAACACACAUGUCUCAGACAAGUUGCCAGACGGAGAGUAAGUUAACAGUUGGGAGCAGCGUGCUAGAGAGCUCAGGUGUAAGUACAGCAGAGAGCACCAGGACAUCGAAUACACCGACCACAGCAAGUUCCUCUAUAGAAACAGAAAUAUCCACAGUUCUCCCAAAAAUCAGUACUCCCCAGGUAAUCACUGAAAUGCUGGGCAUUACUAGUGCAAAAGAAGAAACCACAACUGUCUCUCCUGCAAUUCCAUCAGGCAGGUCCACAGAGAUGUCCGGAAGAACAUCUGUUCCCACCACUUUUGCUCCUCUCACUGCAAAUGAAGAGAGGACCACAGCCACCGUAGCUCAGAGUAUGUUGGAAAAAUCAAGCCUUACUACCUCCCCUCUAGCAGAGACGAGCACCUCUGAAGACACUCGUGUAAUAGCGGAGAUGACCACUCCUUCAAAUGUGACUUCUAGCCCUGGUGAGACGAGCACUAUUUCUGCAAACACCACAGUAGCAAAGACAACCCCAAAUUUCUUUCCUUCUAGUGCAGCAACUGAAUCCACAGGAACGGGCACAAGUGCAACUGCUGAGAAGACGAAGGCCUCUCUUGCCACAAGCCCAGUCCAAGACACUUCAGCCAUGGUCAGCAGUUCAGUAGCUGGAUCAAGGCCAACGUCUGAAGGGAGCACUCCUUUCCCUGAGACUAGCACUGUAGCUACAGAGACAUCUCCUGCUGGGCCACACACCAGCACUCCAUCUCAGACGACAACAAGCACGGUGCGCAGCACUAUUGGCAGAGGCACAAGCCCAAAUGCCUCCCUACCCAGAACUUCGAUGGAAACCAAAGAGAUGGCUGGAAGCUCCCCAUCUGCUGAGAGUACGACUGGCUCUGUAACUGGCCGCGUCACUGAAGAAAUAUCGACAAUUCCAAGCAGUACAACAGCUGGGAAACCCACGACUAAGCCAACCAUGGGACCCACCUCGGCACCCAAAAGUGCUACCCCGCUUCAUACUACAGCGAAGGUGGGCAACACUGCGGGAGCUGAGAACUCCACUGGUGUCUUAUUCUCAAGUCUGUCCACUGAGAGCAAUAUGAAAAAGGCAACGCCACCUUCUCAGACGACGACUGUCGUUGAGCCCUCCAGCCAAUCUGAGAUCAUAAGAUCGGAGUCCCUAACAAGUAAAGACACAGUCACAACCAUCCCACUCUCCAGUAAGCCUUUUGGUACUGUAAGUCCAAGUGACACCUUUACAACUGCAGAAAGCACCAGCGCUGUGCCGCACACCAGUUCUCCUCGUGGGACGACAACUGGAGAAGACACUACUAGAAUAGCAGACACCAGCACAGUUCCCAUCCAACCCACUAUGUCAUCUGAAUCCACUAAACGGUCUGCAAGUAAAUCUACUUUGACAACGCACAUGUCUCAGACAACUUUCCAGAAGGAGAGUACGUUAACAGUUGGGAGCAGCAUGCUAGAGAACUCAGGUGUAAGCACAGGAGAAGGCACCCGGAUAUCGAAUACUCAAACCACAGCAAGUUCCUCGAUAGAAACAAAAAUAUCCACAGUUCUCGCAAAAAUCAGUACUCCCCAGGUAAUUGCUGAAACUCUGGGCGGCACUACUGCAAAAGAAGAAACCAGAACUGUCUCUCCUGCGGGGCCACACACCAGCACUUCAUCUCAGACGACAACAAGCACGGUGCGCAGAACCACUGGCAGAGGAACAAGCCCCAGUACCUCCCUACCGAGAACUUUGGAGGAAACCACAGAGAUGGCUGGAAGCUCCCCAUCUUCUGAGACCACAACUGGCUCUGUAACUGGCCGCGUCACUGAAGAAAUAUCGACAAUUCCAAGCAGUACAACCACUGGGACGCUUACCACUAUGCAAACAAUGGGACCUACCUCGGCACCCGAAAGCAGUACCCCGCUUCAUACUACAGCGAAGGUGGACAACACUGCCGGAGCGGAGAACAUCAGAGGCCUCUUUUUGUCAAGUCCAUCAGCUGAGAGCAAUAUGAAAAAGGCAACGUCACCUUCUCAGACGACUACUGUCGCUGAGACUUCCAGCCAAGCUCAGAUCACAACAUCGGAGUCCCUAACAAGUAGAGACACAAUCACAACCGUCCCACUCUCCAGUAUCCCUUCUGGUACUGCAAGUCCAAGGGACACCUUUACAACUGCAGAAAGCACCAGCGCUGAGAAACACACCAGUUCAGCUCCUGGAACAAGAACUGGAGAAGACACUACUAGAAUAGCAGACACCAGCAAAGUUCCCUUCCAACCCACUAUCUCAUCUGAGUCCAUAAAAGGGUCUGCAAGUAAAUCUACUUCGACAACACACAUGUCUCAGACAAGUUGCCAGACGGAGAGUAAGUUAACAGUUGGGAGCAGCGUGCUAGAGAGCUCAGGUGUAAGCACAGCAGAGAGCACCAGGACAUCGAAUACACCAACCACAGCAAGUUCCUCGAUAGAAACAGAAAUAUCCACAGUUCUCCCAAAAAUCAGUACUCCCCAGGUAAUCACUGAAAUGCUGGGCAUUAUUAGUGCAAAAGAAGAAACCACAACUGUCUCUCCUGCAAUUCCAUCAGGCAGGUCCACAGAGAUGUCCGGAAGAACAUCUGUUCCCACCACUUUUGCUCCUCUCACUGCAAAUGCAGAGAGGACCAAAGCCACCGUAGCUCAGAGUAUGUUGGAAAAAUCAAGCCUUACUACCUCCCCUCUAGCAGAGACGAGCACCUCUGAAGCCACUAGUGUAAUAGCGGAGAUGGCCACUCCUUCAAAUGUGACAUCUAGCUCUAGUGAGAGGAGCACUAUCCCUGCAACCACCACAGUAGCAAAGACAACCCCAAAAUUCUUUCCUUCUAGUGCAGCAACUGAAUCCACAGGAACGGGCACAAGCGCAACUGCUGAGAAGACGAGGGCAUCUCUUGCCACAAGCCCAGUCCAAGAAACUUCAGCCAUGGUUAGCAGUUCAGCAGCUGGAUCAAGGCCAACAUUUGAAGGGAGCACUCCUUUCCCUGAGACCGGCACUGUAGCUACAGAGACAUCUCCUGCUGGGCCACACACCAGCACUCCAUCUCCGAUGACAACAAGCACGGUGCGCAGCACUAUUGGCAGAGGCACAAGCCCAAAUGCCUCCCUACCCAGAACUUCGAUGAAAACCACAGAGCUGGCUGGAAGCUCCCCAUCUGCUAAGAGUACAACUGGCUCUGUAACUGGCCACGUCACUGAAGAAAUAUCGACAAUUCCAAGCAGUACAACAGUUGGGAAACCCACCACUAAGCCAACAAUGGGACACACCUCGGCACCCGAAAGUGCUACCCCGCUUCAUACUACAGCGAAAGUGGGCAACACUGCGGGAGCUGAGAACUCCACAGGUGUCUUUUUCUCAAGUCUGUCCACUGAGAGCAAUAUGAAAAAGGCAACGCCACCUUCUCAGACGACGACUGUCGCUGAGACCUCCAGCCAAGCUCAGAUCACAACAACAGAAUCCCUAACAAGUAGAGACACAAUCAUAACCGUCCCACUCUCCAGUAUCCCUUCUGGUACUGAAAGUCCAAGGGACACCUUUACAACUGCAGAAAGCACCAGCGCUGAGCCACACACCAGUUCAACUCCUGGAACAAGAACUGGAGAAGUCACUAAUAGAAUAGCAGACACCAGCACAGUUUUCUUCCAACCCACUACGUCAUCUGAGUCCACUAAACGGUCUGCAAGUAAAUCUACUUCGACAACGCACAUGUCUCAGACAACUUCCCAGACGGAGAGUACAUUAACAGUUGGGAGCAGCAUGCUAGAGAACUCAGAUGUAAGCACAGCAGAGAGCACCAGGACAUUGAAUACACCGACCACAGCAAGUUCCUCCAUAGAAACGGAAAUAGUCACAGUUCUCCAAAUAAUCAGGACUCCCCAGGUAACGGCUGAGUCGCUGGGGAGCAGUAGUGCAAAAAAAGAAACCACAACUAUCUCUCCUCCAAUUCCAUCAGGCAGGUCCACAGAGAUGUCCGGAAGAACAUCUGUUCCCACCACUUUUGCUCCUCUCUCCGCUACUACAGAGGGGAGCACAGCGACCGUAGCUGAGAGUACGGUGGAAAAGUCAAGCUCUACUACCUCUCCUCUAGCAGAGACUAGCACCUCUGAAGGCACUAGUGGAACAGCAGAGAUGCCCACUCCUUCAAAUGCGACCUCUAGCCCUAGUGAGACGAGCACUAUUCCUGCAAACACCACAGUAGGAAAGACAACCCCAAAAUUCUUUCCUUCUAGUGCAACAAUUGAAUCCACAGGAACGGGCACAAGAGCAGCUGCGGAAAAGACGAGGGUCUCUCUUGCCGCAAGUACAGUCCACGGCAUUUCAGCCAUGGUCAGCAGUUCAGCAGCUGGAUCAAGGCCAAUGUCUGAAGGGAGCACUCCUUUCCCUGAGACUGGCUCUGUAGCUACAGAGACAUCUCCUGCUGGGCCACUCACCAGCACUCCAUCUCAGACGACAACAAGCACGGUGCGCAGCACCACUGGCAGAGGCACAAGCCCAAAUGCGUCCUUACCCAGAAUUUCGGUGGAAACCACAGAGAUGCCUGGAAGCCCCUCAUCUGCUGAGAGCACCACUGGCUCUGUAACUGGCCGCGUCACUGAAGAGAUAUCGACAAUUCCAAGCCGUACAACAGCUGGGAAACCCACCACUAAGCCAACAAUGGAACCUACCUCGGCACCCCAAAGCGCUAUCCCGCUUCAUACUACAGCGAAGGUGGGCAACACUGUGGGAGCUGAGAGCACCACUGGCCUCUUUUUCUCAAGUCCAUCUGGUGAGGGCACUAUGGAAAAGGCAACGCCACCUUCUCAGACGACGACUGUCGCUGAGCCCUCCAGCCAAGCUGAGAUUAUAACAUCGGAGUCCCUAACAAAUAGCGACACAGUCACAUCCGUCCCACUCUCCAGUAAGCCUUCUGGUACUGCAAGUCCAACGGACACCUUUACAACUGCAGAAAGCACCAGCGCUGUGCCACACACCAGUUCUCGUCGUAGGAUGACAACUGGAGAAGACACUACUAGAAUAGCAGACACCAGCACAGUUCCCUUCCAACCCAUUACGUCAUCUGAGUCCACAAAAGGAUCUGCAAGUAAAUCUACUUCGACCACACACAUGUCUCAGACAAGUUCACAGACGGAGAGUAAGUUAACAGUUGGGAGCAGCGUGCUAGAGAGCUCAGGUGUAAGCACAGCAGAGAGCACCAGGACAUCGAAUACACCGACCACAGCAAGUUCCUCAAUAGAAACGGAAAUAUCCACAGUUCUCCCAAAAAUCAGUACUCCCCAGGUAAUCACUGAAAUGCUGGGCAUUAUUAGUGCAAAAGAAGAAACCACAACUGUCUCUCCUGCAAUUCCAUCAGGCAGGUCCACAGAGAUGUCCGGAAGAACAUCUGUUCCCACCACUUUUGCUCCUCUCACUGCAAAUGCAGAGAGGACCACAGCCACGGUAGCUCAGAGUAUGUUGGAAAAAUCAAGCCUUACUACCUCCCCUCUAGCAGAGACGAGCACCUCUGAAGCCACUAGUGUAAUAGCGGAGAUGGCCACUCCUUCAAAUGUGACAUCUAGCCCUAGUGAGACGAGCACUAUCCCUGCAACCACCACAGUAGCAAAGACAACCCCAAAAUUCUUUCCUUCUAGUGCAGCAACUGAAUCCACAGGAACGGGCACAAGCGCAACUGCUGAGAAGACGAGGGCCUCUCUUGCCACAAGCCCAGUCCAAAAAACUUCAGCCAUGGUUAGCAGUUCAGCAGCUGGAUCAAGGCCAACAUUUGAAGGGAGCACUCCUUUCCCUGAGACCGGCACUGUAGCUACAGAGACAUCUCCUGCUGGGCCACACACCAGCACUCCAUCUCAGACGACAACAAGCACGGUGCGCAGCACUAUUGGCAGAGGCACAAGCCCAAAUGCCUCCCUACCCAGAACUUCAAUGGAAACCACAGAGAUGGCUGGAAGCUCCCCAUCUGUUGAGAGUACGACUGGCUCUGUAACUGGCCGCGUCAUUGAAGAAAUAUCGACAAUUCCAAGCAGUACAACAGCUGGGACACUCACCACUAAGCCUACAAUGGGACCCACCUCGGCACUCGAAAUCGGUACCCCGCUUCAUACUACAGCGAAGUUGGGCAACACUGCGGGAGCUGAGAACUCCACUGGUCUCUUUUUCUCAAGUCUGUCCACUGAGAGCAAUAUGGCAAAGGCAACGCCACCUUCUCAGACGACGACUGUCGCUGAGCUCUCCAGCCAAGCUGAGAUCAUAACAUCGGAGUCCCUAACAAAUAGCGACACAGUCACAACCGUCCCACUCUCCAGUAAGCCUUCUGGUACUGCAAGUCCAAGGGACACCUUUACAACUGCAGAACGCACCAGCGCUGUGCCACACACCAGUUCUCCUCGUAGGACGACAACUGGAGAAGACACUACUAGAAUAGCAGACACCAGCACAGUUCCCUUCCAACCCAUUACGUCAUCUGAGUCCACAAAACGGUCUGCAAGUAAAUUUACUUCGACCACACACAUGUCUCAGACAAGUUCCCAGACCGAGAGUACGUUAACAGUUGGGAGCAGCAUGCUAGAGAGCUCAGGUGUAAGCACAGCAGAGAGCACCAGGACAUCGAAUACACCGAACACAGCAAGUUCCUCGAUAGAAACGGAAAUAUCCACAGUUCUCCCAAAAAUCAGUACUCCCCAGUUAAUCACUGAAAUGCUGGGCAUUACUAGUGCUAAAGAAGAAACCACAACUGUCUCUCCUGCAAUUCCAUCAGGCAGGUCCACAGAGAUGUCCGGAAAAACAUCUGUUCCCACCACUUUUGCUCCUCUCACUGCAAAUGCAGAGAGGAUCACAGCCUCUGUAGCUCAGAGUAUGUUGGAAAAGUCAAGCCUUACUACCUCUCCUCUAGCAGAGAAUAGCACCUCUGAAGCCACUAGUGUAAUAGCGGAGAUGACCACUCCUUCAAAUGUGACAUCUAGCCCUAGUGAGACGAGCACUAUUCCUGCAACCACCACAGUAGCAAAGAGAACCCCAAAAUUCUUUCCUUCAAGUGCAAUAACUGAAUCCACUGGAAUGGGCACAAGUGCAACUCCUGAGAAGACAAGGGCCUCUCUUUCCAUAAGCCCAGUCCAAGACACUUCGACCAUGGUCAGCAGUUCAGCAGCUGGAUCAAGGCCAACGUCUGAAGGGAGCACUCCUUUCCCUGAGACUGGCACUGUAGCUACAGAGAUAUAUCCUGCUUGGUCACACACGAGCACUCCAUCUCAGAUGACAACAAGCACGGUGCGCAACACUACUGGCAGAGGCAAAAGCCCAAAUGCCUCCCUACCCAGAACUUCGAUGGAAACCACAGAGAUGGCUGGAAGCUCCCCAUCUGCUGAGAGUACGACUGGCUCUGUAACUGGCCACGUCACUGAAGAAAUAUCGACAAUUCCAAGCAGUACAACAGCUGGGACACUCACCACUAAGCCUACAAUGGGACCGACCUCGGCACCCGAAAGCGGUACCCUGCUUCAUACUACAGCGAAGUUGGGCAACACUGCGGGAGCUGAGAACUCCACUGGUCUCUUUUUCUCAAGUCUGUCCACUGAGAGCAACAUGAAAAAGGCAACGCCACCUUCUCAGACGACGACUGUCGCUGAGACCUCCAGCCAAGCUGAGAUCACAACAUCGGAAUACCUAACAAGUAGAGACACAAUCAUAACCGUCCCUAUCUCCAGUAUCCCUUCUGGUACUGCAAGUCCAAGGGACACCUUUACAACAGCAGAAAGCACCAGCUCUGUGCCACACACCAGUUCUCCUCGCGGGACGACAACUGGAGAAGACACUACUAGAAUAACAGACACCAGCACAGUUCCCUUCCAACACACUAUCUCAUCUGAGUCCACAAAAGGGUCUGCAAGUAAAUCUACUUCUAUAACACACAUGUCUCAGACAACUUCCCAGACGGAGAGUACGUUAACAGUUGGGAGCAGCAUGCUAGAGAACUCAGGUGUAAGCGCAGCAGAGAGCAUCGGGACAUGGGAUAAAGCGACCACAGUAAAUUCCUCGAUAGAAACGGAAAUAUCCACAGUUCUCCCAAUAAUCAGGACUCCCCAGUGCAAGAACUGUGUCCACAGAAAGGGGCACAAGCGCAGCUGCGGAGAAGACGAGGGCCUCUCUUGCCACAAGCCCAGUCCAAGGCAUUUCAGCCAUGGGCAGCAGUUCAGCAGCUGGAUCAAAGCCAACAUCUGA